UGCUUCAUUUCUACAACAGGCUGCCAGUUCCCUCUUUGCUAGUUUUGCAAGUAGUCUUUUCCCUUUUUCCAUCCGUUUCCUAACAGUCCGGUUACCUUCAACCCCCUCAGAUCCACACAGGCAUGCAGCACCAGAUCAUCUGGCCCUGCCAGCCAUAUUGUGUCCCUCUGGAUGAGAAACUGCUGCCUCAGCUGCUGAAGGAGGCUGGCUAUGGCACGCACAUGGUGGGCAAGUGGCACCUGGGCAUGUACAAGAAGGACUGUCUGCCCACACGCCGCGGCUUCGACACAUACUUUGGUUACCUGACGGGAAGUGAGGACUACUUCACUCACGAGCGUUGCUAUGACAUCGCUCCUCUGAACCUGACGCGCUGCGCACUGGACCUCAGGGACGGAGAGGAGGUGGCCGCCGCGUAUAAAGGAGACUAUUCCACUGAGCUGUUCAGUCAGAGAGCUGUCAGUGUCAUCAAGAAACACAACUCCAGCAAGCCACUGUUCCUGUACGUGGCGCUGCAGGCGGUUCAUUCACCCCUGCAGGUACCGGAGCGUUACUUGGCCCCCUACAGUUUCAUUGAGGACCGUCAUCGCAGGCUGUACGCCGGCAUGGUGUCGGCCAUGGACGAGGCCGUGGGCAACAUCAGCCUGGCUUUGCAGCAGGAAGGGCUUUGGGACAACACGGUCCUCGUGUUCUCCACAGAUAACGGAGGCCAGACGGUGUACGCUGGCAGCAACUGGCCGCUGCGUGGGAGGAAGCUGUCGCUGUGGGAGGGGGGCGUGCGGGCAGUGGGGUUCGUUGCUGGCCCGCUGCUGGAAAAACCCGGAACCGUCAGCCGGGAGCUCAUCCACGUCUCCGACUGGCUGCCCACCCUGGUCGGCCUGGCGGGUGGCAGCACUGGCGGCACAAAGCCUCUGGACGGCUUCAACGUGUGGAAGACCAUCAGCAAAGGCUUCGCCUCGCCCAGACAGGAGCUGCUACACAACAUCGACCCUUUGUAUUCUGACCUCGCUCCAUGUCCUGGCAACCAGAGUCAGUUAACUCUGGCCCGGGGGGUCGCUGAAGACCGCUGGGCCAAGUUCGGCUUCAAUGUGUCCAUUCACGCCGCCAUCCGAUCCUCAAACUGGAAGCUGCUGACUGGAUACCCAGGCUGCGAGGUUUGGUUCCCCCGACCCGGCUACAACGGGUCAAACUCUGGGGUCCCUAAGCUCGGCCCGCUGAAGCCCAUCAUGCUGUUCGACGUGGAAAAAGAUCCCGAGGAGAGGAACGAGGUGUCGGCCCAGUUCCCUGACGUGGUGGAUUACCUCCUCACCAGACUCCAAGAGCACCAGAAAACCGCGCUCCCCAUAAACUACCCCGACGACGACCCCCAAUGUGACCCGGGCCCCACCGGAGCCUGGGGGCCGUGGGCUUAGAUGGAGACAACAUGGAGGCAUUAUGAAGGAUCCUAUUUGCACUUGGUUCAUUUUACCUGUGAAUGUUAACAGCAGGGAACAUUAAUAAUGUUUUUAUGAACUUUUUUUUUUUUUUUUUACGUUUCUGAUGUCCGUACAACAUGACAUGUAUGAGAGUCUCCGAUGCUUUCUGCUUGGUUUUUGCACGUCAUUUUUCUCAUGAUCCAGACGAAUGUGAUGUCGUCAGCCGUUAAUUAUCUGAUGGAUGAAUGUCAACAGAAGUGAUUUAUACCUGAAAUGCUCAUUUUAAAGUAGCUCCUUAAAGCUAACCUAAUCUAAAAAAA